CGGCGCGUUAUAACAUCGUAUAAUGUGUCUAUUUACAUCGUCUAAUGUGGCUAUAACAUCGCCUAACGUGGCGAUUUACAUCGUCUAACGUCACUGUUACAUCUAAUGUGACUUACGACGUCUAACGUGGCUAUUAACAUCGUCUAAUGUGACUAUUUACAACGUCUAACGCGACUGUUUCGACAUCUAACGCGACUUGUAACGUUUUACGCGACUAGUUACCAGCGUCCCACCUUGCCUUGCAACAUCAUUGAACCGAACGUGUGACUGUUUGCGUCACUAUACACUUUAUGUACAAGCGUUCAACUUGACCGCUGUGUCACAACGGGCGUGAAUCUCACCAUGUCAAAGAUAACAACCGUGGAGAUCAUCGAUUCGAGUCAAAGCUCUGUGGAUGAUGAAGAUAGCGGACCCAGUGGAAGACUCAAUGGAAAACAGCGAGAGGCGGUGAAUCGUCCUGGCGCUCGCACUGCACAAACGAGGGGCACACGUGAAGAAAGAGCCCAGCAGAGAGACUUCUUUAAAUGUGUGACUGACAUGAGUGAAGAUGAGCAAGUGAUGCUUGCAAUGAAGAUGAGUUGUGAGGAGAAGGAGAAACAGCAGACUCAAGAGAAAUCCAGGGAUUUGGAGACGCCUGAGGUGUCUUCGAGCGAUGGGUCGCCUCCGUGUAUUCUUGGAUCUGUUUCGCCUCGGUCCACCAUAGGCAGAGCCCAGAUGUAUACAACCAGGCAGCACAAGUCACCUACUUCUGACACUGUCACGGCAACUGACAUCGGAGGAUCGUAUGAUUCAAAACUAAACACAGAUGCGUCUCAGCCAUCCUCCGAUUCACACGGGGCUGAUGAUGAAGAUUCCAUUAAAAGUGAUUGUGUGCGUAAACCACAUACGCAUAUUUCAGUGAAGCGAAAACAUACACAGUCCUCAUCGGUAAUUAAUAAGAAGGCCAAGGUGUUAUCUACAUUGGGAGAAGAGCACCCCAUUGAAUUUACAACGCAAAACAAAGACGGGGAUGGCGACGUUGAUUUCGACGAGGAACCCUGCAAAAGAAGCAUCAAUAAUUGUCCCAUCGUUUUAAACGCGAAUGACUUGCAACAAGACAUCGGCACUGAGGAAAACGGUCCAAGCCAGGUGGAGUGCAACAAUCCCCUGAUUUCAGGCGGUGCAAAAACGACCGAGGGUGCACUCCCCUGUGGCUCCAUUGGGCAGACACUGAGUCGGGACGACGUGGUAAACUACUACUGGGGAGUGCCAUUUUGCCCCGCCGGUUUAAACCCGGACGAAUACACGAGCGUCAUCCUCUGUCAGCUGCAGACCUACGCGGCCGUGGUGAAGCAACAGCAGCGGCGGCUGCUGCGGAAAGCGAACAUGUGCGAGGUGUUGCCAGAGCCCGCGAAGGACCGGCGGUGGCGUGGACGACCCGAAGCGCGAGCGGACGACGAGAAGGGCCAGCCAUUUGCCGCGGGCGAAGAGAGCGGAGUGGCGGGUGAGGAGAAGCAGGGUGUUGGCGUGCAGGGAGGGCAGAGCACAUCUCGUGAGAGGUGGGAAGAAAAUGAGGAAAGCAACAACGUAAAUGAGGAUGAGGGCUUGAGCGAGGAUGAGGAGGAAAAUGAAGAUUCUGAAUCGUCUGUUGAGAAAGUGUGUGAAAAAAAUACGAAUUCUUUACGUGCCUCAACGAUGUCGCCCCCUGAUGAAAAGGGGAACCCCCUACCGAAAUGUAAAUUGCAAAGACGUAAGGGAUUGCACUUGCAUAAGGAUGAUAAAUAUUCAGACACUCCUAAGCUUGGGGAAAUGGAGUAUGGUAAAAAAUGCGAUGAUGAUGAUUUUAUAUCAUUUCCAACGCUUAAACGUGUAUCUGGCACCCCUCAACAAAGAGCCGACGAGGUUGUAUUUCUUGAAAACAAUUGUACAGCAAGUGAGAGAAGACGGACAGCACGCAGGGACAGCAGUGCUUUUUCUACAGGCAGUCCAUAUCUAUCAAGAAACACACGAAGCGAUAACUGUAGCAAGAAUGAAAUGAUGCUGUCAAGGGGAAGUGUACAUCCCCGUAAUCUAACCUUGGCCAGCUUUAGCGCCAUGGAUGGAAAAAUACCAACUCCAACACGUGUCGGGAAAGAAAGCGAUGGAAAAAUAAUGGAACAAAUUGGUCAAAAAGUCAAUGUAACACACAGAACUAAGAAUUCUAAAGUCAUGAGCUCUAAAUUUAAUCAGUAUGAAUUUGAUUUGAUUCUUGAUGAUGAUGAUAAUAAUGAUGAUGAUAAGCAGACAAAUAAAUAUGAUUGCACAAGAAAAAUGGCAAUUAGAGAGUGCAAAGAGUACAAAAAUCAAUCGGGAGACUCGAAGAACGUUGUAAAGGUUCGUGAUAUUGAAAGAAAACUGACCACGUCUCCGUUGGCAAACGAUGGAAAAAUCGUCACAAACAAAGCGAAACUGAAAGUCACGGAAUGUGAAGAGGAAGAGGUAAUGGAGAACUAUGAAGAAAUAUCUGAGCUGUCUCUGCAGUCGUCUGAUAAGAGUGAGAGAAAACAAGUUUUGUCUUUACAGAAGCACAGGCUAAAGAAAAUAAACAUAAAGAAGGAAAGGCUUGAGCGGAUGGUGCCCUGCCCCUUGUGUUUGGUGGAGUUCUUGGCUUCUGACAUUGAGCAGCACGCAUCUGAAUGCUGCAUCUCUGACGAUGUGGACGAUGUGGACGAUGCAGAAAAUUACGUCCCAAGCAACUCUAAAAUGGAGGUGCCUUCAUGCUCCAGGGAAGGGAGCACUCGUGCCUCCCAUAAAACAUUCAUCCCAGAGUCUAAUAGCAACAGCAGCACAAGUUUAUUGAGUGAGAGGGAGGGUGCAGGAGGUUCGGACGACAUUCUGGACGGCAUUGUCAUCAGCAACUCGCCCAUCAAGUCUUUCAGAUCUAUUUCCCAAUCCCCAGACUGUCUCAUUGACUUCAAAAACCAGUUCAACAAACCAGGUAGACCGAGAACAGGAUUCAGAAAGCAAAAGACUCGCAGGAGAAGAUAAACGCGUCGUAAAUCGUGUACAAAUGUGUUUUUUUUUAAUUGUUCAAAUAUUGUAAUCGUCAGCCAUGGUCAGUCAAAUGAUGAAUGAAGGCCCCCCCCCCCUGGUUGCUGCCAUUUCUCACGAUAUUGCGUCGUAAUAAUAAUUCACUAAGCACCAGCACACGAGGUUAUUUCAUCGCUCCAUACAGUUAAAUUAAUUCCUCCUUUCCCUUCGAGAUUCCCCAACAUCCACAUUCGCUUACUCAUCUCUGACCUUUCAAGCGCUCUUCCACUUGAAUCGCCGCAUGCUACACAGGGACGGCUACCACUGGGGGUUCUCUUCCAGUGCUUGAGAUGGGAUGUUAUGCAAGGCGCUUUGAGUUGCCGUUGCUUUGAAGUGCCCAUUAAAUGCAAUUCCUGUUUUUUUUUAAACAAACUCUGAAGGUGCAGUAGAAGUGGUGACUCGCCGGAUACGCCGUGGGCGAUGUCGCGCUCCACAGCGCUCGAGUCGCUGUACAGGUCAUAGUCUGGAAUGUGCAUCACUUGGAGCAUGUGGUGGUUCACUUAGCCCCGUGAAAAUAAUUGUCCGCAACUAGCAAGUUUAAUCGUCAACAGCCAUGGUUAAUCCCGCUGCUGGAUGAAGGCCUUCCCUAGCCGCCGCCACCUCACAAUCCUGCGAUGGUUAAUUAACAUUCCACCCCAGCACAUUCACUGAUUUAGUCGUCCGACUGGGUGGACAUCGUCUUGGGUUUGUUUCAUUCCUUGGCUGCCACUCCGUUAUUCUUCUUGAUCGUAAUCCGUCAUCGCUUUUCGCGACGUGUCCUGCCCAAGCCCACAGUUUGAUGUCAUUAACGUGCAUGUGUGUUGCCUCUGUCGGUGUAGUUUCAAGCUUGCAUCUCUCUGUGCUCAGUUUCUUUUUUCAGCUUGAUUUGUUCAUUAACGUUGUCUUGGAAGAUAUUUCACGUUUGGGGGCGGGUUUUUUGUUUGUUGCGAAAUGUUGGUUACAGUGCUGCUAAUUUACGUGAACAUUGCAAAAACAAGUAUCCAACUUCAUCACUGAAGCCUUUACAAUACAUCUCGAGUGUUCUUUUCUACCAUUGUGCAAAAUUUAUUUGAAUCCAACACCAAAUGAUGAGAAAACCCAUCGCAACAAUGAAAUGCCCGCCAGCUGGAAGCAAAAACCAAUCGAAGCAGAGGUAUUCGUCGUACGCUUUUUUUCCCAGGAAAGCCUCAGUCUCACGACUUUUUGCAGUAGGGGGAAGCGAUGAUUGGUAUUCAUAUUGAAAGGAAUUUGCGGGUACUUUAUUUUCUCUUAAUUUGACCAAGGCACCGGCACACAACGUCCCGGUCUUGCGAACGACGUCACGGGCUCCUGAGCGUCCGCUGUCGUAGCAGGCGGCGCGUUCGUAACUUUUUAAGGUUUAUACACCCGCAGUAUUUAUCGGGGCGGCCGAUGGAUUCGAGUCCGCGAAGCUCUCCUCGCAGGCGGCGAACUGGCCACCCGCAAUGCCCAAAUCCUUGCUCUCAAUUCCGAAAUGUGCAACGGGGACGCUGGCCUAGACUUAAUAAUGUUUGUAUUGU